GGACGUACGUACGACGUACGUACAGUCAGUCUGUUUGACUGCUGAGUCUAGUCUGCGACAGCACGCAGACUCUGUGAGUGUACGUCAGACUCAGUGUCUGUGCCUACAGUCUGCACACCCGCAGCUGACAAAAGUAUAUCGGUUAUUAAUAUUAUCCGAUAAAGGCCUAUAUACUCAAAAGCUGGCCUCUAAUGUGCAAGCUUUGUAAAAUACACCCCGAUAAUAAUGCUUGGAAAUAUCUUAGAAGACUAUCUUCGGCAUGCACAACAACAUCAACACUCAUGGGCUGAGUUGUUAUUUGCUGUUCCAUCCACAGUACAAUUGUGUUCAUAUACACAUGAUGGAAUGCUUGACAAGACUGCACAUCAGCUUCAUCUUUUGUCAGAAGAAAUGAUUCUGUAUUGCAAAACAGAGACUGAGGACCUUGUUUCAUCGCUGCUGAGGUGGUGUAGAGUUGAUUUGGAAAAGUAUUCACUUACAAGCCUACGCAGUAGAACCAUUGAAUUUGUUCAUCAUGAUGGAGAGAUGUUUGAGGUCAUACCAAGUUCUGUACCUGAGUCUUCUCCAAUGAAGCAAGACUGUUGCUCUGAAGUUAAGGAUGACAUUACAAAGAAAAGGAAGUCAUUGGCCAAACCUGAUUCUGCAAGAGAUAUUGGCUUCUUUGAUAAUGGUCUUCUUUUUCAUUUAGAAAUAUUUUUCUUGAUGAACAUCCAGCCAGAGGAUCUGUUGCUUCAUUAUCCAGACAUCAGUCAGCUGUGUAACUGUCUAACAGCCAAACCCGUUCAAGAUCCCUUUAUUGGUACAUCAGUGCUACAUUUUGAUGAUAGACCCAUAUUGAGGCAAAGUAGUGCACCUGAAUCAGAAGUCGCUGUGGGGCAAGCAGAUGUACAAAUUUCCAGCAGAUGUCGCGGAUACAUGCAAGAAUUCAGCAUCGAAGAAGCACUAAGCAUCAGCGAAACCCUCAUAAGUCAUGUUCCAAGGGAAUAUUGUGCAGAGAUUGACCAUGCCUACAUGGGUGGAAUUUUGCCACAACACCCAUUGCAAAACUUCAUAACGGCGAGAAAAUGUUCAGAACAAGAGAGUACACCGGGUGUAAUGUCUACCAGCACCCCUUAUAACAUAGAGAAGUUUGGUGCAAUAGCUGCUGAGAAGGUUGCCUUUGUAGACCUCAAUACUGAAGGACUUCCAGAAUUACAUGAUGAGACUGCUUUUGUUUUGGACUGUGCAGUGGGAAGGCAGCCAUAUUUAAUUCAUUCAGAACCAGCAACUAAUUAUUUUAGACUCGUCAAGUGGAAAGUCCAAGAAACAGAGCAAAUGAAGUUAUGUUUUGACACUGUGUGCAUGGAGAGAAAAAUCUUCAAAAUUGAGGAGAACUUCACGGACACAUUUACCCUCAAAUUACAAGGUACAGACCUGAGAGAAAGAAUCAUUUGGAUCAGUUCUAUUUCACAAGCUGCCCACUGUCUCCAGUAUCGGUACAGAGACCUGUCAGACCAGACAUUACCAUGGGACCCAGUGGCCAAAUUGUCUACUAUUGCAGUCAACACAUGGCAUGAGUCUGUGGAACCAUUCUUCAGUAUUGAUAAAAGCGAUGGAAUGUUGGAAAACGCACCACAAAAGAAGUUUGUUUUGCACAAUUCAUUCUUUGACGAGUUGGAAAACUGCCUCAUACAAAGCCCAAGUGGGACAUCUGAUGCAGGCAUCAGGUCUACUCAUACCUGUAGCUACAAACUUCACACUGCCAAGUCUCAACAAGGAAUCCAGAAUACUGAAGCUGGGUCGGCUAGCUUGAGCAAUGGCACACAAAUGCCCGCUAACUCAUUGGAAGACUUCUUGUUUCUAACGAGGGGUCCUUGCAUGACAUCAGCCAGAUCAAGCAAAGAUGCAAUGCUUAUCAGCAAACCAAAUCUGCUGGAGUGUAACCAAAUAGGUGGUGAACAGCUUACAUCUACUCCUACUACACACAAUAGGUGCUAUCUGACAUGUCAGAAGGUUCCAGGAGAAACAAGUGGACAAACAAGACUUGCCUUCCUCACCCAAAAGUGAACAUGCUCUGAUGUGUUACAUUGGAUAAAAAAAACCUUUAAAUUAAAUUAAACAAAACUACAGGGCGAGUCCAAAUAAAGGAAACCCAAAUAGCACCCCCUAUUUUUUUUAAAGGAAUUUCUGCAUAUAGUGGUUUCCAGAUCCAGGAUUUGAAAGCCCAUCUAAUAAGUUUACUCAUGUA